AUGGAAAACUACCAGAAGCUGGAAAAGGUCGGCGAGGGCACCUAUGGAGUGGUAUACAAGGCCCGCGAUCUUGCCAACGGGGGCCGCAUCGUCGCCUUGAAGAAGAUUCGGCUUGAGGCCGAGGACGAGGGCGUGCCGAGCACCGCCAUUCGCGAGAUUUCCCUCCUCAAGGAGAUGAAGGAUCCCAACAUUGUGCGGCUCCUCAACAUCGUCCAUGCCGACGGCCACAAGCUCUACCUCGUCUUCGAGUUCCUCGACCUCGACCUGAAAAAGUACAUGGAAGCGCUGCCCGUCAGCGACGGCGGUCGUGGCAAGGCCCUGCCGGACGGCACCUCGGACAAGAUCACCCACCUCGGCCUCAGCGACGUCGUCAUCCAAAAGUUCAUGAUGCAGCUGUGCGAAGGCAUCCGCUACUGCCACUCGCACCGCGUCCUGCACCGCGACCUCAAGCCGCAGAACCUGCUCAUCGACAGGGACGGCAACCUCAAGCUCGCCGACUUUGGCCUCGCCCGCGCCUUUGGCGUGCCCCUCCGGACGUACACGCACGAGGUCGUCACGCUCUGGUACCGAUCGCCCGAGAUCCUCCUCGGCGGCCGACAGUACUCGACGGGCGUCGACAUGUGGUCGGUCGGCUGCAUCUUUGCCGAGAUGUGCACGAGGAAACCGCUCUUCCCGGGCGACUCGGAAAUUGACGAGAUUUUCAAGAUAUUCCGCAUCUUGGGCACGCCUGGAGAGGACCAGUGGCCGGGCGUCACGUCGUACCCCGACUUCAAGUCUUCCUUCCCAAAGUGGCAAAGGGACUUUAGCAACCCCAUCUGCGGCAACCUCGACGACAAAGGCCUCGACCUGCUCGAGAUGAUGCUCGUGUACGACCCCGCGAGCCGGCUGUCGGCCAAGCAGGCGUGCAACCACCCUUACUUCGAGGACUACCUCGCCCAGCAGCAGGCGGCCGUCGGACGCGCGCAACGACGGCAUCGCGCACCUUGCAACCCGGACCGACAAACGGCGGCCCUUCAUCGCCACCCCCGCCGACUAUCAGGAUACGGCGAGGCGGCGUGCACGGGCGGAGAUGGACGACGAGGCAAGAAGCUUGCCGGCACCCUGGGCACGGCGGUCGCAAGCUCCGGCUGGGUCCCCAUGGCGCCCAAGUGUGGGAGGAUUGACCGGCUGUCUGGUCGAUCCGUCCCCGAGCGCAGUGGGCAUGAACGAGACGGGGACGGCACACCUGGAGGGCGCGACGACUGA